UAAAAACUGCUCUGCCCAUUUUACCCACAAUCCAACUGACUAAUAUGCUUACUACUCAUCUAUUAUUUCCACAACAAUAUGGCGCAGUUUUAAAUACACAACUGGAUUACUGGAUCUUCUAAGCAGACUCUUUUACAGUAUUAAGCGAGUUCAAAAGGUUGGAAUGCAAGGAUUAACGACAAAUUAUAAGUGACUUCUGGUGUCCGUCUGGCCCAAGGGGCCCCUUCAGACCUGACUAUAUCUUAACCGGUUUCAAGUUCGUAGCUGAAAUAAAAUAUACUUCAAACACUUCGGGAAGUUGAAUACACAUGUUAACUGUGUGAGAAAGCUGUUAAAAAGGAAACUGCCAAUGUCCCAAGAAAAGACAAUAAGGGUUAUGGGACAUCUGAAAGUGAUGUGCUUAAUAGUAUCCAAAUAACUUACCAGAUAAGGGUGUGUGAUUCUCGACAUUAGUAAGAGAUGGACUUGGUUUGGAGACUCUGUAUUUUCUCCUGCUUUGGAGUCCACCUUGUACUUGGAGUCCCUCCAAUUGCUACACAACCAGAACAGGUGCACAUAUCUUACCCAGGAGUCCCACAGUCUAUGGUCAUCACCUGGACCACUUUCGAUAAAGCAGAAUCCUGGGUGGAGUAUGGAGUCUGGGGAGGAAAGCUCUUUGAGCUGACUGCCAAAGGCAGCUACACUCUUUUUGAAGAUGGUGGCAAGGAGAAGAGAAAACUACACAUUCAUCGGGUGACACUUACAGACCUCAAGCCAGGCUCCACCUAUGUUUAUCACUGUGGUAGCAGUGACGGCUGGAGUGAGAUGUUCUACUUCACUGCAAUGAAAAGUGGCACCGAAUGGAGCCCUAAGUUUGCACUAUUUGGUGACCUGGGCAAUGAGAACCCCCAGUCUUUAGCCAGGCUUCAGAAGGAAACUCAGAUGGGAAUGUAUGAUAUCAUCCUUCAUAUUGGUGAUUUUGCCUAUGACAUGGAUGAGGACAAUGCGAGAAUUGGUGAUGAGUUCAUGAGGCAGAUUCAAGCCAUUGCAGCCUAUGUCCCUUAUAUGACUUGUCCUGGAAAUCAUGAGAAUGCAUACAAUUUUUCCAACUACAAGAACCGUUUCAGCAUGCCUGGAGACACUGAGAGCCUUUGGUACAGCUGGAACAUAGGACCCGCUCACAUCAUCUCCUUUUCAACUGAAGUGUACUUCUAUCUAGAAUAUGGACUGGACUUAAUUUUCAGCCAGUAUAAGUGGCUGAAAAAAGACUUGGAGGAGGCUAACAAACCAGAGAACAGGAAAAUUCGUCCUUGGAUCAUAACCAUGGCACACAGGCCGAUGUAUUGCUCCAAUGAUGACAAAGAUGACUGCACCAAGUUUGAAAGCUAUGUUCGACUUGGACGUAAUGACACCAAGCCUCCAGCCCCAGGCCUGGAAAAUCUUUUCUACCUUUUUGGGGUUGAUUUAGAGUUGUGGGCACAUGAGCACACCUAUGAAAGACUGUGGCCUGUGUAUGGAUUCAAGGUCUUCAAUGGAAGCAGAGAAGAACCUUAUGUCAACCCAAAGGCCCCAGUGCACAUUAUUACAGGGUCAGCCGGAUGCCGUGAGAAACAUGAUGGAUUCAUUCCAAAGCCACGAGACUGGAGUGCAUUCAGGAGCACAGACUAUGGGUACACAAGAAUGCAAGUCCUCAAUUCCACACACAUCUACCUGGAGCAGGUCUCAGAUGACCAAAAUGGCAAGGUGAUUGACGGCAUCUGGAUUGUAAAACAAGAGCAUGGCAUUGCUUCCUGGUUGUAGAUUUUUUUAUUCACCAUUCGAAAGGAGAUGGAAAAAUUAAAGUUUGAUCACACUAAUCAUUAAUGCACUUUAAAUGAUUUUAAAAAGUUUAAAUUGAUACAUGUAAAUUAGCAAAGACAAAUAAAGGUUUUCUUAAAAAAACAAAAUUUGAUCUUAUACAUGUUUAAAAUGUGCAUUUUACACUUACUAUACUUAAUGUGGGGCAUUCGUCUUUGAGGCUUAAGGCUUGGGCUGUUGUUUCAUAUUUGCAUCUGUGACUUAAAAGCUCACACUUUUAAUGUAUUAAUAUGGACAGAAAGAAUGUGGCAUGAGAAAUGUAUUGUAAAUAAGUAUCCUUGCAAGAAUCCUGGAAUCAGUUAUUGCACUUCAGAAAUAUCAUAAACAUUAAAAUAAACAUUUCAUGAUUUAACCAUU